GUUAGGUUGGGCGAUCGGAUCUAUCGUGUCCUCGCCCUACUGCUUCGAUCCGCCAUCGACGUUGCUCGUUGCCGCGUGCCGGUCAGUGCUGAACGCGGUGGAAGCCACCGCACUCUGCUACUCGCGCAUUAAGAGCUACUUGCGCACCGCACGGGAAGAGACGCCACCGAGCUCACCAACGGGCCAGAGGAGUUCUGUCGGCCACACCAGGUCAACGCACAGUCGACGUUUGUUGCUCCUAAAGAGCAGCGUUCAUGCUACAGUUGCCCCGCUAGUUGAUAGCAUUAUCGCCGAGCUGAUGGCUCUGCGCCGCAUGUGCUGCCAUUCGAUCCUCGUAAUCUUGCGCCGUUCCUUGCUGCAACAAGCGAAAGCCGAACGCGCCAUGCGCCAGCUGAUGAACGAAGUGCCUACGCUAAUCGAAACUCUUUUGCCAGUCGACCAGGUUGAACAGGACAUGCUAGAAGAACAGCAGCAGAGCGGCUCAGUUGCGGUCGUGCUCAGUCCUACAGGCAGGACAUCCCCCAUGAUGUCGUGGACUUCCACCAAUAACAAUAUAGGAACUAGAACUCCUGGUCAGGAGUACGACAAAUCGCCCAAUUUUUCACCAGUUGACGAUUACUUGGUGAGGGCCAGGCAGUCGCCUUUGAUUUCCGACCAGGCGAUCUGCGUGGUGGAUCUGGUUGCGUACUUGACGAACUUCCAAAAUUGGACUGAGAAAGCGAAGAAGGCCGCUUUCGUUGCUGCCACGAUGGUGCUUGACGCGCAUGAAGAAGAUCGUGCUUAUAUUUCCGACGCAGAACAACAAGAGGAAAGAAACGAAGAUAACACAAAUGGUGCUCGAACAGGCUCAGAAAUAACUAGAAGUUCCGCAAUUGCUACUCCUAACAGUUGUAACAAUCAUGUUGUAGGCAGCACUUCAUCAUCUAGUCGUGCUGCGCCUGCAGAAGCUGCGUCAUCCUCUUCGUCUUCGAGCGAUUUUUUUGCGAACAUGUCGCUGAACGAGUCUGGAGAGUGGCACGACCCCUACCACAUGGACAGCACAAAACUGCAGAUUAGUCGACUCCCGAGCGGAUGGGGCCAGCGGCUUAACACCGGAGAUUCCAAGUCAAGUGUUGAAAGUUCUGGCGGCAGCGACUUUUCAUUUGCUCUCUGCGCCUCCAAAAAAGGUUCUAAAAGGACAGAGGACAAUGUUGGCUGUAUAGCGAAGGAGGGAGCUGCAGCAACGAAGACGAAGGCUGGCGUAGUUGAGCUUGUUCAACAUGUUGAAGCUGCAGACCAACAUCAAGAACAUGUAGUUCAGGGUGCUGAAGAUGGGCCACGCGCAACACUGGUUCAGAUUCGUGCGUCGGUUAGCAGCAACGAAACGUCCUCUGACAAUGAGGAAGGAGCAUUGGCGGGCUCUUGUUUAUGUGAGGAAACUGGAACAAGAAGUAGAACAACAAGAGCACGGAGUCCGUUUCAGAGGCGCGACGCCGCUCCUGUAGUUGCUGAGACGAGUGGGAACACUCAUAAUGAGGACACCCAGGAAGAAGUUGCGUCCCGUGGUCGUGAUAUAUCUGCAGACCGAGUGUUUGACUUGAUGAACAAUACAGGCGAAUGGAGUAUAGCUACGCACCCAUCUGUGCACCACAAUCCAUCAUUCCAAACCUUGACUGGCACGGCUACGGGUCAACCAGGAGUGGCGGAACCGCUGGGGGCAUCUUCUGCUAGUAGCUUGAAUUACACGGCAACAGUGUGCAGCAGCGGCAGCGGCAGCGGCAACAGUGUGCCAGCAGAAGACCAGCAUGGAGGCGGUGCGUCGACUCGACUGGAUUUGGUGCAGACGCAGCGAAGCCAACCCGAUUCUGAGGUAGGUCCACGAGCAAACGACCAGGAGCCGACCUUGUCUGGAAAUAGCUCAACGCUCCUGAGCAGCGGUGGAGGUAACAAUCAACAGGCGCCGCAGCAGCUAGUACAAGUUCAACGUGA